AUGGCCGGCAACGGGAGCUUGAACUUGGCGUUGGUGCGACGCGGAGACGUUUGGUCUGCCCCCACUGUGGGGAGCGACUGUGUGCGCACGGUGGAGGGUCUGCCCAGGUCGCGGAUGUCUGGGGUCACCAGCGGGCUGGGCAGCUCGGUGGGGAGCUGCCCUGCCAGGUCGCCGAUCUGCGGGACCCGUGCUGCGGUGGCCUCGAGCUCGUCCUCGUCGCUGUCAUCGCCGUCGUCGUCCUUGUUGGCGAGCGUCUCCACCUCCUUGGACACCGCGUCGAGCAGAGUGUCGGGCAUCUCGCCGUCGUUCUUCCACACUUUCAAAAACAGCUCCUCGAAGUUGAACUCGUUCUCGAUCGUGCGGUACGCCUGCAGAUCCAGGUCAAAGUCCACGAACCGCAGGUUGUCGUUCUUGGCCAGCCAGCGCUGGAACAGCGGCCGAGUCUUGGACGGCGUGAGCAUCUGCAACUUGAGUAGCUUGAUCACCAAAUGA